AUGGGGUGGGUUCAAAACGCCAACGCCAAGGUCGCCGCUAGCCCGGUCGGUCGGUGGUUCCAACUCGAUGGCUCCGGUCAUGCCCGUGAACGCAAAGGCUCCUACUUCUUCACCGAGAUCCGCGCCGGACUCGUCGCAUUCUUCGCCAUGGCCUACAUCAUCGCCGUCAACUCCUCCAUCGUUUCCGUCACCGGAGGCACCUGUGUCUGCCCUACCACCGAUAACGGUCCCGACUGUACUGCCGUCGAAUACGAGCUGUGUGUGGCCGAGGUGAAGCGCGACCUCGUCACUGCGACUGCCGCCAUCUCCGCCUUGUCGACCUUCUUCAUGGGCCUGCUCGCCAACUUGCCCGUCGGUUGCGCUCCGGGCAUGGGUCUCAACGCCUACUUCGCCUACUCUGUCGUCGGCGUCAACGGGUCGGGUGCCGUUCCGUACCAGGUUGCUCUCACCGCCAUCUUCAUCGAAGGCUUCAUCUUCUUCGGUCUGGCUCUGCUCGGAAUGCGCCAGUGGCUCGCCCGUGCCAUUCCCCGCUCCAUCAAGCUCGCCACCGGUGUCGGUAUCGGCUUGUUCCUCACCCUCAUCGGUCUGACCUACAGUGAGGGUAUCGGUCUGAUCGUCGGUGCUACCUCCACUCCCAUGGAGCUGGCCGGUUGCAAGCAAAGCAUGUUGGACGAGACGACCGGCCUGUGCCCCUCCUCGGAAAAGAUGCGCAACCCUACGAUGUGGAUCGGCAUCUUCUGCGGCGGUAUCUUCACUGUCAUCCUCAUGAUGUACCGCUUCAAGGGCGCCAUUCUUGCCGGCAUCCUGCUCGUCAGCAUCAUCUCCUGGCCCCGGGGCACCGAAGUCACCUACUUCCCUUACACCGACCUCGGCAACUCUCAGUUCGACUUCUUCAAGAAGGUUGUGGACUUCCACCCGAUCCAGAAAACCCUCAACGUCCAGGAAUGGGAUGUGUCGGGAUACAGCGGUGCCUUUGGCCUGGCCCUCAUCACUUUCUUGUACGUCGACAUUCUCGACUGCACCGGUACGCUCUACUCCAUGGCCCGCUUCGCCAACCUCAUCGACGAGGAGACGCAAGAUUUCGAGGGUUCUUCCAUCGCAUACAUGGUCGACGCCCUCAGCAUCUCCAUCGGCGCGCUCUUUGGAAGCCCCCCCGUGACCGCCUUUGUGGAGUCUGGUGCCGGUAUUUCCGAGGGCGGCAAGACGGGCAUCACGGCCAUGGUGACGGGCCUUUGCUUCUUCAUCGCCGUCUUCUUCGCGCCCAUCUUUGCCUCCAUCCCACCCUGGGCCACCGGCUGCGUCUUGAUCCUUGUCGGAUCUAUGAUGGUUCGGGCCGUGACGGAGAUCAACUGGAGGUACAUGGGCGACGCUGUUCCUGCCUUCAUCACCAUCGCCCUCAUGCCUUUCACCUACUCCAUCGCUGAUGGCCUCAUCGGCGGUGUCUGCAGCUACAUCCUCAUCAACACCGUCAUCUGGGUCGUCGAGAAAGCCUCCGGCGGCCGCAUCGUUCCUGCCAACAAGGACCAAAAGGAUCCUUGGACUUGGCGCAUUCCUGGCGGCAUCUUGCCUCCCUGGGUCAGACGCCUGGCCAAGGGUAAGAAAGACUUCUGGCGUCCAGACCACCAAAGCAAUGGUGGCGAGCCUCAGCCCCUUGAGAAGACGGCCAGUUCCGACCAAGGCGGCUCGGUCAAUGGCAAGGACAAGAAUGUUGGCGAGACCAUCUCUCCUCAAGGUGAUAAGUCAUCUUGA